AUGAUCAUGCUGGGGAUGAGUGUGGUGAGAACAGUAUGUAAGUGUUUGUCAUUGCCAUCUGUCAGGCUGCAGCCUGUCCACACUGGGCCUGUCCUCAGAGCUGCAGAUCAGCAGAUUAGGAGCAGCCAAGUGUUUGACUGCAGUGUGCUCCAGUUCCUGGUCUGCCCCCUCUCCAGGAAAGCACUCAGGUAUGACGAAUCCACCAAUGAGCUAAUUAACGAUGAUCUGGGCAUUGCAUAUCCUAUUAUAGAUGGUAUACCAAAUAUGAUUCCUCAAGACGCACGGAUGACUCACAAAGUCCAGAAGUCUCAGGAGAGUGAUCAGAAAUCUGAAUAA